AUUUUUUAAAGUCUGGGAUCUCUGCUGCCUGGACAAAUGCAUACAAAUGCAUUUAGGAGCUCAACGGACAAGGAGUGGACACGUUUCCGCGGCAGCAACGUGGAACUUUAUCCUGCUCCUGUCAGUAUGCUCAGCAGUACUUUCUGGAGAAGAAGACUACCUAGCUCAAGGAGUGGAUAUCCUCUAUCGACUGGGCCUUACAGCUCAAAGCAGUGCAGACGAGAGGACAAGCUUACCUUCGACUGCACACACCACUGUUCCCUCACCUUUGAAUCUCCCUCUUUCUGGAUAUGGGGUAUUAUUCAACUCAAACUCCCUCUAUGAGGCUCCAGCAGGCAGUCUGUUCCCGCCUGAGAUUGGCGAGGAGUUCUCUGUUGUGGUUAGCCUAAGCUCCUGGCGAGCAAACAAUGCUUUUCUUUUUAGUGUCAAAGACAGCAGGGACAGGCUGCGUUUUGGCAUUCAGCUGCUGCCGCGCAGGGUGGUGGUUUACACUGCCGAGAAAGCCUCCAUCUACUUCCCCUACAACUGGCAGGAUGGGCGCCAGCACCCUUUUGCUGUUGGUGUUCGUGCACGCUCAGUGUCCUUCUAUGCGGAUUGUGGGGCGGUGCAGCAGCGGGAGCAGACCCUGGGGAGAUCUCAGACACUGGGGGAUUCUGGGGGACUCUUCACUCUGGGGAGGAUGAACUCCAAAGCGGCACCUUUUAAUGGUCGAGUCUGCCAACUAGAUAUCUAUCCCUCCGCCCAAGCUGCCGCGCACUACUGCAACUACCUUAAAACACAGUGCCGGCUGGCCGACACUUACCGAUUGCCUUUGCCACACCCCGGUUUGGAUAUUGAGGCAAAUGACCCUCCUUCUAACCCCUUGACAAAGUCCCUUGUUGGAGUAGCAGCUACCCAUCAUAACCCCUUAAAAGCCACAGCAGCUUUCAAUGUGUCCCCAGGCAGUUUGGUCACACAGUAUUCAACACUGAGCCCAUCAGCACAACCUCAUCUGGGGGAUCAGAGCCACCUUUCCAAAUUGGAUCCCCUGGCCCACUCCACCACAUCCUCGCUUCAGCCUGACAGCCCCACCUUAGCUACCUUGAGUGGACGAGCAGUUCUGGAUCUCGCCCAUAGCACAACUAUCACCACUACCAAAAAUGUGUUGGCAAAAGCCAGUAGCCCCCAGAGGGACACUGAUCACUCUGAAAACAGCACAGAGGAAGACAGCAGCUCCGGGAUCCUACAGACUCCAAAUGCCACCCCAGGCCUGGUUUCCCUAGUCAGGCAAAGUCGAGUGAAGGAAGGACUCAGGAACAAUUCCAUCGCCAGCUCCAGGGACCCUCACUCCGGGCCUCACCAGACUCGUCAGCCCCUGGAGACUCAUCUGAGAGCCAACGGCACCACUUUGUACCGGGAGAAUCAGGUGGACACCUCAGAACAGCAUGACCUGGAUGGCAGCUAUGAUGACGUAGACAUGGGAGGAUAUGAUUAUGGAUAUGAGGAUCCAGACUAUUUCUAUGACUAUGAUGAUGGUUUACGUGGCCCCAAAGGAGAGCGAGGUGCUCCGGGUCCUCCUGGUCCCGCUGGUUUACCUGGUCCUCCAGGAAAAAGAGGUCCUCGGGGUCCCACCGGUCCACAUGGAAGCUCAGGACAGCCUGGACCACCUGGGCCCAAGGGUUCAAAGGGAGACCCCGGGCUGUCUCCAGGCCAGGCUCCAUCGGGAGAGAAGGGUGACAGAGGUCCACCAGGUCUUCCUGGGCCGGAUGGAUUUCCAGGUCCACCGGGUCCUAAAGGUUAUCUAGGGCCAGCCGGACUGCCAGGAGAACAAGGCAUACCAGGACCUCCUGGGGAAGCCGGGGCUGCAGGUUACCCUGGCAGGCAGGGCUCAGCUGGGCCACAAGGUAACCCGGGGCCUAAAGGUGUCCGUGGUUUCAUUGGGCCUCCUGGCGUUGCUGGGCCACUGGGGCCAGAGGGGGAGAAAGGCAUUCCUGGUCCUGUUGGAAAACCUGGCCCCAAAGGAAGACACGGUGUGGUGGGUGAUGCGGGGGAGAGGGGGCCUCCUGGUCCUGAUGGCAAUGAGGGGCCUGUUGGUGGGAUUGGCAUUAGCGGCUUUCCUGGUCUGAGGGGGGACCCAGGGCCUGAGGGACUGCGAGGACUGCCUGGUCUGGUGGGACCUCAGGGCCCAGCAGGACGAGCCGGCCUGCCUGGAUUGAAAGGUGAUAAGGGUGAAGUGGGACAAAUGGGCGAACCAGGAGAGAUGGGGUACCAAGGUGAUAAGGGUGUUGCUGGUGCACCUGGUCCUACUGGGCUAAGAGGGAAACCAGGACCACCGGGUAAAAUCGGUGAGAUGGGGGCACAAGGACCACAUGGGCCUCCAGGACCAGAGGGAUUUCCUGGGGACAUUGGAGUACCAGGGCCCAACGGUCUACCUGGACCAAAGGGUUUGCAGGGUGUCAGAGGGCCGCAAGGUCCGCUGGGUCCUCAAGGAACACAGGGUGAUGAAGGACCACUUGGACCACCUGGCAGCGCUGGCCCUACUGGGAGACCAGGAAGGAAAGGCUACAUAGGCGAACCUGGCCCCGACGGUUUAGAGGGAGAGAAAGGGGACAUGGGAAAUGUUGGAAAAAUUGGACCACAAGGUCCACUAGGCCUGAUUGGGAUAGCUGGUGGGAUCGGAGUUCCGGGUGAAAAGGGCGACCGAGGACCAGCAGGUCCAACCGGUCCAGUUGGGGAGAAGGGGCCAAGGGGCUAUCCAGGGUUGCCAGGAAGUCCAGGGGACAUCGGCCUGCAAGGUGCACCUGGUCCACAGGGGCAGAGGGGUAGUGCAGGCAUCGCUGGGACAAAGGGCAGGAGGGGGCCCCAAGGUCCAGAUGGCCCACUGGGAGAACCAGGCCCUGAGGGCACCAAGGGUGAAAGGGGUGACAUUGGACAAAAAGGAGGGCCAGGAUUCAUAGGCAAGGCUGGCAGUCCAGGAGAGAGAGGCCCUCCUGGGAAGAGUGGUAAACCAGGUAUUCCAGGCAGCACCGGGGAGAGGGGACCCCACGGUGAACCAGGACCCAAAGGACCUUCUGGAGAGGCUGGACCUGAUGGAGAGCAAGGACCUGAAGGUGGGCCUGGUGCAGAGGGGGAACCGGGUGCCAUCGGAGAGCCGGGGUCAAAGGGUGAUGUUGGGCCUCCAGGAGCUGAAGGGGAGCAGGGACAAGAGGGAAUGAGAGGUCCUCCUGGUCCUCCUGGUGAAGACGGUCCUCAAGGAAAAGAUGGAGCCAAGGGUGAGCCUGGUGAGCGUGGGCCAAUUGGAGAGCCAGGGGACAAAGGAAUGGAAGGAGACUCUGGGCUCAUAGGACCACCCGGAGAGCCUGGGAAACAGGGCUUUCGUGGGCCAGAAGGAAAACUAGGGGCCCCAGGGAACAGAGGACGACACGGAAAGAAGGGAGAGAGAGGUCCUCCAGGUCUUGUUGGUGAGAUCGGCACACGAGGAGACAUCGGCCAGCCAGGCGAGCCGGGUCUGAAAGGUGCCAGGGGAACUCGAGGCACACCAGGUCAGCCUGGAGUCAUGGGGAUAGAAGGGCAACCAGGACUGGCAGGAUACACAGGUCACCCUGGCAAGCCUGGGCCCAUUGGACCACCAGGGCCUAAAGGUGAAAAGGGUUAUCCAGGCGAGGACAAUAAGACCCCAGGACUGCCAGGGCCCUUAGGUGAACCAGGGCCCCCAGGAGAACGAGGAGAACGUGGAGAGCCAGGGGAUGAAGGAUAUCAGGGCCAUGUUGGUACCACUGGAUCUCGUGGAGCUGUUGGACCGCAAGGCCCACCGGGAUCACCAGGCCUCCCUGGAGAAUCAGGCCCAAAAGGAGAGAUAGGCGCUCCGGGCUCGGCCGGAAAGAAAGGAGCAAGAGGGCUGAGUGGAGCUCCUGGCAUCGAAGGGUCACUUGGUUUACCUGGACUCGUGGGAAUGAACGGUUACCCAGGGCCGGAUGGUCCCCCAGGACUGACUGGCUUACCAGGAUUUCCCGGAAAAAAAGGACGACAGGGUCAACAAGGCUUGGUGGGACAAGAGGGACCUGCUGGACGUCCAGGUCCCAGGGGAGAGAUUGGACUUCCUGGACCACCUGGAGAAAGAGGCCUGCCUGGUCAGAAGGGAGAACUGGGACUUCCAGGGGACAGGGGAGCCUCGGGAAUCAAAGGCAUGGAGGGGGCUACAGGUGACCAGGGCAGGAAAGGUGACCAAGGACCCAAAGGACAACCAGGGGAAUAUGGGGAUCUGGGAAUAGUUGGCUUACAGGGCUUUCCAGGGCCAAUGGGGCCGAAUGGUGAUUUGGGAUUGAGAGGCUUCCCUGGCCCGAAAGGCCCAUUGGGCACUCUGGGAUUCACUGGACCUGUAGGCCCUGAAGGAAUGAUGGGCCCAAUGGGAAAACCUGGACCAAGGGGUCCGAAGGGAAGCGGUGGUGAAAUGGGGCCUCAAGGACCACAGGGAAGUCCAGGACCUAGCGGACCCCCAGGUGCUCCAGGUCCAACAAGGCUGAUAUAUGAUGACUCAGCAGUCUACGGUCUAUCUGACUCUAACGCUGCCCUCAGCACACAGAGUUUACAGAACACCGAAAUGAGCCUCUCCGAUCAAAAUACGGAGAUACUAAAGACUCUACAUUACCUGAGCAGUGUGAUUGAGAGCAUAAAAAAGCCUCUGGGCACAAGGGAGAACCCAGCCCGUGUCUGCAAAGAUCUGCUUGACUGUCAUCACAAGCUCAGAGAUGGUUGGUUCUGGAUUGAUCCAAACUUGGGCUGUACUUCUGAUGCCUUCAAGGUCUUCUGCAAUUUUACCGCAGGAGGGCAGACCUGUUUACAUCCAGUAGCCUCUAAUAAGAUGGCGUUUGGUGUGGGGAAAGUCCAAAUGAAGUUUCUCCAUUUGCUGAGUACUGAGGCCAGUCACAGCAUCAUACUCCACUGCCUAAAUGAUCCUCCCUAUGGCACCACAGACAGCUUCAGCUCCACCGGAUCCUUACCGCAAGAGAACACCACACUUAAGUUUCGUGGCUGGAACAAACAGAUGUUUGAGAAAGACACACUACUUGAACCACAUGUGCUCCAAGACGAGUGCAAGAUCCAAGAUGGCAGCUGGCACCAGUCACGCUUCUUCUUCCAUACUCAGGACAGUCGUCAGCUACCUAUUGUAGACAUACAGGAGUUUCUCACAUCACAGCCCAAUAGUCAGCGCCGUAUAGAAGUCAGUCCAGUCUGCUUUCUCUGA